AUGUUUAACCUUCUACCUUGCAUGGAUAUUGAAAAUCAUUUUGUUACCGUAUUAAAAACAACGUUGACCCAGCACCAAGAGACAAUCACAGCAGCACAAAUCAGUUUCAAUCCAUUUCUCAUUUCCAGAGCUUUCUUUGAAAGAGGAGUGAAUGAGCUGGGUCUGAUCAUGACACGAAAUCGCAUCUCGUUUAAUCACUGCAGCUGUUCUCAGAGGUCUGCUACUGCUGCUGUCGCAGCUGAGCAGGAGGUAUGUUUGAGGGAGAAGUUGAACAUCACGUGUCCUUCCUUCCACGUCAUCAACAUCCAACUCGCCAGAUAUGGCAGAAUGUUCUCGAAAAGAUGUGUCAGUCGACAGUUCGGCCACUUCGAUUGUCAGAAUGAUGUGACGGACAGCUUGAGGCUGAUGUGUGGACAGAGGCUCUCCUGCUCACUGGAGGUCUUCCUGUCCUUCGGCAACCUGAAACCCUGCUCGGAGUUGGAGUCCUUCCUACAUGUGCAUUAUGAAUGUCUGCCAGCUUCUUGCAUUGUCGAACUUUCUGCAAAGGCGGGAAUGCAUUGGAACUUCUCAUUGGUUGAAUUUCAUAUGACGUCACCUACCGAAUCAACCAAUCAGAUGCGAUGCCACAAAUUGUUCAAAAUCUAUGACGCAACAAACAUGCUAACGAAAGAUAGCAGCAGCAUCAAAGGAUUGAAAACAAACGAAAAAUCAUCAGCGGACGAUAAUGAUAACUUCAAGAUGUCUGCCGGAAAUGUUGUGACGUCAUGCGAUGAUUGGGUCGUGAACCAAUCAGCUUACGUUACGAACAGUCACGUGGUACGCGUCGAAAUAAUGACAUCAUCAUCAUCACUGCUAACGCCAUCACCAGCAUCUUCAACGCCAGAAUUUUUAAUAAAUUUCCAAGGUUGGAUUUAUUUAAAAGUUUUUUCGAAUGUUGUCAAAGUUUCUGAUACGUAG